UGUGGGGAUCCGAAGAGCCCUACUCUAGUGACAUUGGAGGCACUACAGUCACCUCCGCCACACCUGUGCCCAAGAGUGCUGCUUGUCUCAUUCAAUAUGAGACUGGGAAGGUGAAACUACUUGAUCAAAAUCAAGAGACUCGCCAAGUAGUCCGGGAUGCAAUUAUGGAUGCCAAGGGCCACCUCAUUUUCGUCAAUGCAUAUCCCGAACUCAUCGAUAAAAAUCAAGUCGCGCUCCAGUCCUUGCUUACAGUGGCCAAGAAAAGUGGUGCGCAUGCCAUCAAACAACGUCUUCAAGAAGACACACAGUAUGCGACUCAGCUUGGUAACCUGGUGGAGCCUCGCAUCCCGUUAUUACGCCGUGACCUGAAAGAGGUUGCAUGCGCCAACAUCGAUGGCUACUUCCGUCUCGGCCAGAGCGCAGUGAAGGCGAAAAAACUUAUGGAGCAACACGCGUAUUCAUAUUCUUUGAAGUUUGAUUCCAAUGACAAUCCCUCGCCUAGGGGAAACAAACCCUACCAGGGUGAACUUGUUAUCUUUCUACUGCAUACUGGAAUCUUCAAUGGCCCGAAGUCCAUCGGCGUCAAAUUCGCAGAGCGCUUCAUCGAAAUUGCCGGCAACAAAGCCAAACACCCCGAAAUGCCUGUGCCAUUGCUGGCACUGGUUGCGACGGCAAUCUAUGCAGCCCUGUUUUGGAAGACGCUUGGUUCCCCAGGGAAGUUCAACUUCACGGGGAAUCAAUUCAGCGAAACUUAUAUGUUUCAUGUGAAGUUCCUCGAGGAUCUGAAGAAGGACGUGCCUAAGAAGUUUCACUGCAUGAUGGCGGGCAUCUAUGAGUCUGUUCAGGCCUUGAAACGAAAGGGUGGCGAUAAUCAGGCUGAUGAGCAUCGAAAGGCGUUGGUGCUACUGGACCUUGAUGGCAUGGGUGAGGAUUAG